ACAGGUGGGAGCGGAGGCCAUUGUUCCCAGUUUCGGAGUCUUGCUUGAGGUAACAAAGCUUAUAUGUGUGAGAACAAUGACCACAGAGAAAAUAGAGAUUGUGGAUAUCAGGUAUCAGUGUUUCCCCUUUGUCUGGGAGCUCAGAAUCUCCACCCUUUAAGUCCGAACCACAGGAGCCGGCAGUUAUUUUCUCACAGUUGGACCGGGGAGAAUCAGUGCAGAGCUGUUUCACAGAGAGUGGCGUUUUAAGAGAAUUCGCAGUAAUUACAGUGUGAAUUUAAACUUUGAUCAACUUUUAGAUUUUUUUUUUUGUGUAACUGUUUAAUUGUGGAUCUGUGACCAGAACCAUGGCAUCCCAAGGCCUCCAGGUGUUGGGUGUGUUGCUGGCCUUCAUCGGCUGGCUGGGCACCAUCCUCACCUGCGCUCUGCCCAUGUGGAGGGUCACCGCUUUUGUCGGGGCCAACAUCGUCACAGCCCAAGUGAUCUGGGAAGGUUUGUGGAUGAGCUGUGUUGUCCAGAGCACAGGUCAGAUGCAGUGUAAGGUGUAUGACUCCAUGCUGGCUUUGGCACAGGACCUGCAGGCAGCCAGGGCCAUGGCCGUCAUCUCCGUGAUCGUCGGUGUGUUCGGCAUCCUCAUGUCUGUGGUCGGAGGAAAGUGCACAAACUGCAUGGAAGAUGAAGUGGCCAAAGCCAAAGCCUGCAUCAUGUCCGGUGUGAUCUUCAUAAUAACGGCCUUUCUGAUCUUGAUUCCUGUGUCCUGGUCGGCUCAUGCGGUGAUCAGGGAUUUCUAUAACCCCUUGGUGAUCGCAGCUCAGAGGAGAGAGCUGGGGGCUGCACUGUACAUCGGCUGGGGCGCUGCUGGGCUGCUGCUUCUUGGAGGGGGUCUACUGUGCAAUAACUGCCCACCCAGGGAUGAGAGACCCUAUGUACCUGCCAAGUUUGUGCCUGCAAGAACUGUGUCCUCCAACAUGGACUAUGUGUGAGACGAAACGUCAGGUUCUUUAGUUUUCCCUAAUGUUGGAACAAAUGACUCGUCAAAUGUUUAAGAAUGUAGAGUCAUCAAAAUGGUUUUAAUGAAUGUGAAGGAAGUUAUAAAACAAAAGAAGAAGUCAGUGGUUAUCAUUUUUAGCAUUUCAAUAUUGUUAUAUCACUGUAAAUAUUUUUUUUACUUAAAUAUGACUGAAGUCUGCAUUUUUAGUCCCCAAAGAAAGUAGAGCCUACCAUGAGGAGUAAUGUUUUUUUGCAAAUGAAAAAAUGAAAGCAAUGAAUCUGUAAUGUAUACAUUUAUGUUCUGUAUCUCAUAUAGCGUAAACAGACAUAUUUGUUUCGUGUAUACACCAGCUGCUGCACAGGUUGCUAUGAAAAAAAGAGUUGAAAAAAAAGUACAGUUUGACACAGAACCUGUGAAAUAUUCUUUUAGUCUCUUUGUGAUAUAAUGAUCAUGGCUCAAAGUGUCUUAAUGCUGAAUAAAAGCAUCUUUGUUUCCAUUCUUCCCAUUGUUAUCUCACAUUCACUGUGCACCUGCACACAAACAGAGGCAGAAUGUCUGACUCACUAGACUCCAGAUCUCACUUAGCAUCCGUGAGAAGGCUUUCAGGAAUUCAGGGGAGUAGACCAGUGAGAAUUUAACGCAUGUGGUUCAGCCGUCUGUUGUAUGUUGUAAUCCACUGCCAUGCUAUUAAGCCAGUAAUUUACAGUUUGUGCCAUAAAUCAAAUGGACAUCAGUACUAGAAACAACAGGGCAGUCUUCAUGCUAAGACACCGAGUUGCUAAGGAACUGUCUUACAAUUACAAAGAAUGGAUAUUUACACUCCGGCCAGUUAGAUCACAUCUGCCAAGUCCUGUCAGGAUAAAAUAUCUAAAACCUCCUAGAUGGGUAUCGUUUUGUUUACAGACAUUUUUCAGUUGAAAUAACUCUGUCAGGAAAACAGUAAUGAUUCCCUCGUGGUGCCUCAUUUGCAUUUUUGUCUUUAGCUCUCUCUUUGGCUGGGUGCAGGCUCUACAACACAGGAAUGAGUCAUCAAAAUGGAACAGGAGUCAACAUCUGUCAAAGGUAAAUUUAGUUGUUUUAAUAUCCCUCGGCUAACUUUUUGUCGCCUGGUUCAAUUGUUGUUAAAGAAAAUACAGGUAAAUAUUUACACCAAAAAAAGGGCAAAGUGAUGUCUGGAUUUGCAUUUUAUUUUGAUGUCCAUACAAAUAUUUUUUUUAAACCUGUUCAAAAGUCUGAAGUUUGAUCUAAU